CCUGGGAGGCCAAGGGAAGGCCACCGUCCGGCUCAGGCCAGGCCUGCGUCCAGCCGUUCUGCCUUGUCCUCGACCUGCCGAGGGGGCCUGGUGGGGGCACGGCAGGGGCAGCGUGUGCAGGGAGAGGCCUGGAGGGGCAGGGAUGGGCUGUGGGCAGGACUCCGGCCAAACCCAGGAGCUGCAAGCGGGGCACAGUACGAUCCGCCCCCGCCCCCGUCCGCAGGCCUCCUCCCUCUUCCUGCCUUUCGUUACUUUCAGUUACAGUUUGGAGCCUCUGAUGUCAGCCUGCCUGAGCCUCUCCCCGCACCAAUCGCCACCUGGCUCCCCAACAAACCCUGCGAAGCCGGAAACCCAACUGCAAACCCAAACCGGGCAGCGGGCAGGGGGGCGGAGAAGCCCUGGCCCCGACCCGCCAGCUCCCACCCCCUCCGGGGCAGGAUGGAUUAAACAGACGCGUCCCCCUGGCAGCGACGUCCGAGGCUCGGCACAAGCCCCGUAGGCGGCCGGCUCCAAGAUGUCUCUGUGGAGCCUCGUCUCGCACAUGCCUCCGGAGCACUUCAGCAGCCUCUUCGGGGAGUUCCCAUGCGACCUGCGCAGCCUGUUGGCCGACUGGCUGGAAAACCAGCCGUGGGAGUUCAUCACCGGCGCCGACUCCUUCUGCACUAGCGCGGCCGGCGCGCUGCUCUCCGCCAUGGUGGAAAAGCUUCGCAGCCUUGCCGGUGGCAACGGGCAGCAAUGUCAGGUCCUCCAGCACAUUAGUAACCUGGAGAACACGUAUCGGAGAGACCCGCUGAGGCUGGUGGCAAUCGUGAAAGGAAUUCUGGAGGGCGAGAGAGCUGCCUUGCUCAAACGGGAUCGCCAGCUGCCGCUCAGCUUCCACCGCAGGCAGGAGGAGCUGAAGUUCGGGCUGGACCUGCAGAGGCUCCAGCACCGAGUUGGGGAGAUCCAGGUGCUCCAGGAACGGUGGAAGCAGAUGGGAGAGGGGACCAGAGCCUGCCAGCAGACAAAGCUGCAGGAGUCCCAGCUGAAGACAGAGGGGAAACUCCAGGGGAACGAUCUGCCCGCUCUCAUCCUGGAGGCCAUGAAGGAGCUGGAAGGCGCCAAGCUUCAGGUGCUGAAGAGGCUACACAUCUGGAAGCGGCAGCAGCAGCUGGCGGGGAACGGGGCUGUCUUCGAGGAGAACCUGGCUCCGCUCCAGAAGAGGUGCGAGAAUCUGGUGGACAUUUAUUUCCAGCUGCAGCAGCAGGUGGUGGCGGUCGGUGGGGAGCUGGGCUCCGACCUGCUCUCCCGGCUUCUGGAGCGGCUCAACUCGGUGCUGAGUGCCCUGGUUGAAAGCUCCUUCCUGGUGGAGAAGCAGCCCCCGCAGGUGCUGAAGACCCAGACCAAGUUCCAGGCCAGUGUACGUUUCCUGCUGGGCGCCCGGCUGCUCCAGGCCUCGGCGAAGCCCUACGUGGUCAAAGCCGACAUGGUGACGGAGAAGCAGGCCCGGGAGCUGGCGCUUGGCGGCUAUGGCACCCCGCUCAGCGAAAGCACUGGGGAGAUCGUGCACAAUACGGUCGCCCUGGAGAUCAACUCCACCAGCGCCACGUCCUGCGCCACCUUCAAGAACAUGCUGCUGAAGAAGAUCAAGCGCUGCGAACGCAAGGGCUCCGAGUCGGUAACGGAGGAGAAAUGCGCCGUGCUCUUCAGCACCGAUGUCACCUUGGGUCCCGGCAACCUGCCCUUCCACCUGCAGGCCCUGUCUCUGCCGAUCGUGGUCAUUGUGCACGGGAACCAAGACAACAACGCCAAGGCUACCGUGCUGUGGGACAACGCCUUCUCCGAGCUUGAGCGGGUCCCAUUCGUGGUGGCCGAGCGGGUGCCAUGGGAGAAGAUGUGCGAGACACUCAACCUGCGGUUCAUGGCGGAGGUGCAGACCAGCAAGGGGCUGCUGCCGGAGCAUUACUUCUUCCUGGCCCAGAAAAUCUUCAACAACAGCAGCGCCAGCCCCGAGGACUUCCACAACCGCAGCGUCUCCUGGGCCCAGUUCAACAAGGAGAUCCUGCCUGGCCGGGGAUUCACCUUCUGGCAGUGGUUUGACGGGGUCCUCGACCUCACCAAGAGGUGCCUCAAAAGCUACUGGUCGGACAGGCUCAUCAUCGGCUUCAUCAGCAAACAGUACGUCAGCAAGCUACUGGGCCAGAAGCCCGACGGGACCUUCCUGCUGCGCUUCAGCGACUCGGAGAUCGGCGGCAUCACCAUCGCCCACGUCAUCCGCGGCAAGGACGGCUCCAUCCAGGUGGAGAACAUCCAGCCCUUCUCCGCCAAGGACCUGCACAUCCGCUCCCUGGGCGACCGCAUCCGAGACCUGGCCCAGCUCCGCAACCUCUAUCCCGACAAACCCAAGGACCAGGCCUUCGGCAGCCACUACAACAAGGAGCAGAUGGGGAAGGACGGCAGAGGCUACGUCUCCACUGCCAUCAAGAUGACGGUGGAAAGCGAAAGGGAUCAGAAGCUGCCCCCCCCAGGAGUCUCCCCAAGUCGGCCCACCCCCCGGCCCGGCGAACAUGUACAACUUGCCAGGGCCACCCCCCGAGCAGCCCAUGGACCACCUGUGCCAGGUGCUGGCGCCCGACAUGUGCUCUUCCCCGUUCCCUGCCCAGAUGGUCCUGUCCCAGUUCCGCGCCCCGGACGAGGGCAACAUGAGCAUUCCCAGUGCCUCCCCUUUCCACAGCAGCCCCCCUACGCUCCUUCCGGCGCCCGUGAGCACCACGACCACCCCGCUACCCCUCGGCCCCAACGUCGUCUUCGGCUGCCAGUCCCUGUCGCCGAAUUUGCUGUCCUACAGGUACUUGCCAGGGGACCCCAUGGCCCUCGUCCUGGAGGACCUGCCUCCCAACCCCAUGGACGAGGAGAUGCCGGAAAUAGCCCCCUUCUCGCCCGCCAGCCACACCUCUCCCUUCGGGACCCUCCUGCCGGCCCCUCCCCAGCUGCUGGCAGCGAGCCUGGGCAACAACGUGGACUUACCCUCGGAGGACGAGAUCACCCAGCUCUUGUACGAGGCACAGAUGGAGGAGGGGCUCCAGCCCCCCACCCAGCCCUGCAGCUACGGCGACCCCAUGGCCAACCCCAGCUGGUGACCUCGCGGCGGGGGGGCCCCCGCUGGACACUUUGGAGAGCGGCGCCCAUCCAGGAGAGACAUGGCGAGGGGCUGGGGGGUCUCGGCUGGGACCCUCCCCCAGCCGGACUUGAGCCUGGGCCUGAGCCGCGCUUGGGGGCUUGGCUAGGUGUGCGGGGGGAGGGGGGAAGCGGUGUGGCACAUGGGGGGGGGGGGGCAGUCAGUGUUCCCCCCCAUUGCCUUGUGUUAGCCAAGUACAAACACCGCACCAUGGAACAUGCUGACCCCCCCCCGACCCCAUCCUGGGGUUGGCAACCACGGCAGCCCCCUUUACCCCCCCCCAGCUGGGCUGCUGCGGGGGGGGGGGGGAGGGCAGACAUACCACCCAUUCGAGGAGGGGGUCUGGAUUUCAGCCUGGGGUGUGUGUUGUGGGGCUGCCGAUUCCCCAUGCAGGGGGAGGAGCCUGCUCUCCAAGGGGCGGGGGGGUGAGGUCAGGCUGGCUGUGCCCCCGCCCCCAUCUCUGCAGCCUGGGGAGGGCCGUGGGUAUUAGCAGCUGGUGCGGGGCAGGGGGAUAAGGCUCCAGCUGGGCUUGAUGGGGGGGGGACACACGGAUACACGCAGCAGAUGCCCCCUACCCUCUUCCCCCAAGCUGGGGCAUGGCGGGCCAGGCCCAAGGCCCUGCCGGAGGAGCAGGGGUGGGCAGUGGAAAGGCUCUUGUGUGGGCUAGGACGAGUCACGAGGGAGGGGGCUGGUUUAAAGGGCCUGUACCUCGCCUCCCCCAGCCUUAGCCGCUAUCCUUCCCUGCCCCACAGCUGGGGGCCUGCCCCUCCUCCCUCUCACGUCACAGGCCCUGCCCCAGGGCCGGCCUGAAGCACAGCUGAAUGCUGGCCUGCCCCACGUGCCCCAUAAGGGGGCAAGGGGUAGGUGGCUCAGCCCCCCGCCCCCUCGCAGAGGGACAGAGGCAGAGUCGAUCCACGCUGCCUGCAUGGGGCUUUGCUACUAAAUGCUACAGAAAGAGAUUCUGCCUCAGUUUCCCCAUCCCCAGGGAGGCCAGAGCCUCUCACUCCUGCCCCACAGCCCCCUGCUAGCCCAGCGCUGCCCCUCCUCUCUUGCCCCCUAUGCUCUGCCGCCCACCCCCAUCCCAUCCCAUCAACCCCACCUUGCAGCUGGGGAGCGGGGAGGAGAUUAAGCCAUAAAAUAAAGUUUUAUUCCAAAAUAACAAAAUAAAUAAUCUACUGUACACGUUGCAAAGGAAAA